GGAAUUGCCUUGAAUGAUUCGAUGUCGCCACAAGCCCACCAGAAUUCCGGCGCAUCUGGCCCGUCCACGUCAGUGGCGAGUGCUGGUCUGGCCGUCGAUUUCGCCCCGUUUCGCUUUCCCUUUGUGGUACCCUUGGGUUUCCGCUUAGCAGUCCGAAGAUCCCCCCACUGAAGGAAGCCUCGGGAAUUCCAGUGUCUUGUCAGAUUGAUCUCGAGUAGCGGGCAGCUGAAGCAGAACGCAACGAUGCGCGAACGGAACCAGCUUGGCUCCCAGCGCGGCGGGGCUGCGUGUGCGUCAGCGGCUCCGCGGAUCCUUCAGAGAGGUUCAUCAAGCUCUGAGCGCAAGGCUGUGGAAACUGUAGCCUCUGGCACGGCGGUCUCAUUUGGCGAAAGCGCCGUCAACCAGUGCCACGCGUUUCCCUUGCAAACGCCUGGCGUCAGUGUUGAAGGCUUAUCCAAUCCGACUUGCACUGUCCGAUCUUCAACGUUAGUGGAGAGAUCAGGCAGCUCAGUGAAGCCAUCGCCUCUUCCUCCCGUUUUGUAUUUCCGAUGCUUGUUGGGAAUUCCACUUCAGUUCUUCGGGGACUCAGGACAAGUUCGGUUAUUUGAGGCUGCAGAGGUUCUCAUCCAACGUCAUUUCCAAAUCCAUGUGUUAGCCGCAAAGGUGGCCAGGGAAGACAGGCAGCUACUGCGUUAACUAAGCGUUUGUUCAAUGCUAGACUUGAUUUCCGAUCAUCAAUUCUUCUCCUGACUGUCGGAAUCAUAGUUGUUAUUGCUGCGGAGUGCUAUCAGUCGCUUAGUUCGUUAAACUUUAGUGUUUUUAUCGCAGCAGCUAUGGCCAACCUGCCUUCGGUGACUCAUGGUUCUUCGAGGUUGGGAUUCGCAGAUGUGUUCUUUUCCCCUCCUUUCCAGUCUCUGCUGGGUAUUGCGGGGACUAUCACGGGUCUUGCUCUGUAUAUCGCACCACUGCCAACAUUCAUUGACAUCUUCAAGAAACGCUCUGCAGACAAACACUCAAGUGCUCCUUAUUUAUGCGGCCUGCUCAGCUCUUGUGUCUGGACGAUCUACGGCUCUCCAGUGGUGGCCAAUGCGUUUAGUGUCUUUGCCAUAAGCAUCUUGGGUUUGUUCUUCAACGGAACUUAUUGCUUAAUAUUUUAUCUCUUCUCCACAGAACACAAGAGCUUUAUUGGUGCAGCUUUCAUAAGCAUUGUGCUAGGUGCUGCCACGAUGGCAUCAGUAGCUGUGUCAGUCAUACCGGCACUUGUUAGACCAAUGGUCUUUGGCCUGUCUGGGGACUGCACCAGCACUGCUUCCUUUGCUGCUCCCCUAACGGCAGUGGCACAAAUGGUUCAGACACGAAGUGUCGAAUUUUUCCCUAUCCAGCUCUGUGCUGUGUCUCUUGUCCAUACAAUCGUGUGGACGGCUUAUGGAGCAUCGACAUCUGACAUUUUUGUGGCGGCGCCAAACUUUCUGGGUCUGCUGUUGUCUUCUGUACAAGUCUUGCUGUACAUGCUUUACAGGAGAAGCACACCUAGGCGAAUCUCAAGCUUACCCAUUCGCACAUCUGCUGUGGAUGCUGCAGCUGCAGCUGCUACUAUUGCGUCAUACUCUACCCCACUUAUUCCACCUUCAGCGUCCAACCCACCCCCUCCACUCUCCCCGUCUUUGCCUGGGGGACGACCAUCCUUUGUCGCCGCAGCUGCAGCGGCGGUUGCAGCUGCCUCUGCUAUGGCUUCAGCUGCCUCUGCUGCUGCUGGUGCUCAUGCUGGAAGAGGAAGCUUGGCUGGAGGGCGAGGAUCUCAGGAGCACAAGGAAUUACACGACGGAUCAGAAGUUUUGGUGGUUCCAGAUGCGUGUAUGUCACCAGUCGGUGGAAGUGCUAGGAGGACCGGUUACACGCGGCUAUCGAGUAGUGACAUGUAGCAUGAUAGGUGCUCCCUGACCGCAAGCAGAGGCUGUACAUAUACGUCAAGGCCAGUAGUAAACGUCUACAGAAGUAAUGGCAUUGGGUUGUAAUAAGCUCUUC